AUGGAAAUAAAUGCAGCCGGAACCCGUCGCCAGAGCGUCUCCCGCCGCUACCGGCCCCGCCCAAGCAACUGCUGCCACGCCCCUACUGGUAACUCGGUUCUCCUUCAGCCCUCUGUUGACCUGUUUGUCCCUCCCUACGUCCAGCCUACCAGCUUUGCCAUCGGCGCUGCCUUCACUGAUGAGUACAGCGAGACGGCACAGCUCCUUAGGAUUUCCGGUCGCUGGUGCUGUCUCCCCAUCAGUACGUCAAUUCUUUUCUCCUCAGGCAAGAUGUCCUUGCUCAUCAGGAUGGGCACACUGCGGCGAUGGGUCCUCGAGGACCCUAUGUCCAUGACUCUUCCUCCACUGGACACAGGCAACAUUGUUGGAAAGCCAGCAAUUCCACAGCAGAGGUAUCAGUACCUCACCAAGGUUGCUGUUGCAGGUGACUUCUGUGACUCCAGCGUGUGCCUGAAUGGUGGGACCUGCUUGUUGGGCCAGGACAGUGUCUCCUUCUACUGCCUUUGCCCUGAGGGCUUCAUAGGCCUCCUUUGCAACGAGACUGAGAAAGGUCCCUGUUCCCCAAACCCUUGCUACCAAAAUGCUGAGUGCCAGGUGGUCGACAGCUCCCACCGAGGGGAUGUGUUCACCCCAUACGUCUGUGACUGUCCUCGGGGCUAUGCAGGCAUCCACUGCGAGACGAACUGCAUCAGGGGCCUGGGCAUGGAGGGGGGCGCCAUCGCUGACUCGCAGAUCUCCGCCUCGUCCCUGUACUUGGGCUUCAUGGGUUUGCAGCGCUGGGCUCCGGAGCUGGCCCGGCUGCGCCUCUCGGGCAUUGUCAACGCCUGGACGGCCAGCAACUAUGACAGGAAGCCCUGGAUCCAGGUGAACCUCCUUCGGAAGAUGUGGGUGACAGGCGUGGUGACGCAGGGUGCCAGCCGUGCAGGCAGUGCCGAGUAUGUGAAGACCUUCAAAGUGGCCUAUAGCCUCAAUGGACGCAAGUUCCACUUCAUCCAGGAUGAAGAGGGCUCGGGGGACAAGGUGUUCGAGGGUAACAUGAACAACAGCGGCCUGAAGCUCAACCUGUUCAGCGCCCCGCUGGAGGUCCAGUACGUGAGGCUGUACCCUGUGGCCUGCUACAGGGGCUGCACCCUGCGCUUCGAGCUCCUGGGCUGUGAGCUGAAUGAGAGAAUCCUAAAUGGAGAGAUGGGAGGAACCAGAAGGCAGCAUGCUGAGCCAGGAAACACCACUGCAGGAUGCUCCGAACCCCUGGGCCUGAAGGAUGGCACCAUCCCCGACAGGCAGAUCACAGCCUCCAGCAGCUACAAGAUGUGGGGCCUGCGAGCCUUUAGCUGGUCGCCCUUCUUCGCGAGGCUGGACAAUCAGGGCAAGUUCAAUGCCUGGACAGCGCAGAGCAACUCUCCCAACGCCUCUGAGUGGUUGCAGGUUGACCUGGGCUCCCAGAAGCAGGUGACGGGGAUCAUCACCCAGGGCGCCCGUGACUUUGGCCACAUCCAGUACGUGGCUUCCUACAAGGUGGCCUAUAGCAACAAUGGCGUCAACUGGGUCGAAUACAAGGAGCCGGGGGCUGUGGACAGCAAGAUCUUCCAGGGGAACUUGGACAACAACUCCCACAAGAAGAAUGUGUUUGAGACGCCCUUCUUGGCUCGCUACGUGCGUGUGCUGCCGGUGUCCUGGCAAAACCGCAUCACCCUGCGGCUGGAGCUGCUGGGCUGCUAGCACUUGCCCCGCAGGUCAGACCUGAGGGACCUAAGUGACCACAGGGCUGCCUCUCCACACCCUGCUGCCCCUGCCUGCUGCGUCCUGCUGUCCCUUCAUUUCCCUCUAAGCCUUGGACGAGGCACCCAAGGCUGCCACCCUUUUUCUCCUUUCCUUCCUGUUCCACAGGCUUCCCCAUCUUCCCAGGGGUUCAGUCUGGGAUUCACUCUGAUUCAGGGCACCUCCCCAGAUCCCAGGCUCCAAGCGCUGGGUUGACUUUAGAGGGGCCUCUGGUCUUCCCAAGCCCCUCGCUGCACACCAUGUCCCUGAGUCCCCAGACAGCAGAGUCCACCCACCCCCCAAGCACCGGGCCAGCGAUUGCAGCCUGGGGCACACGCUGCCAGCCAGCUCUGCGUCUCCCCAGCACACCUCCUUAUCUCCUUGGAGACCCCUCUUGAUCCCUGCCCCUAGGAAGAAGACAGGGGCGCUGGGUCUGUGGAGAGACAGGAGACUGGAGCCAGCCUGGCGGUGAGCAGGAGGCUGUCUGGGUGGGCAGGGGUCUCUGUGCCGGCUCCUCUCCCAGGCCACGGGCAGCUUCCCAAAUAUAUUUGUAUUCACCACUGGA